UACUGUCUUGUUGCCGUAUCGAAGCCUCUUGGAAACACAUAGUCUCCAGCCCACAGCCGGGAUGCUGCGGCGCGCAGCGGUCGUUUCGCGACACGCAAACCUCUUAUCACUCGCCUCUCCUCGUCUCCCCGCCCAUCGCAUUCCCUCCAUCAGCCGGCAGAUAUCCUUCCUACCAUGGCGAAACAGGCCGGCGACGGACGGGCUCCCGGUUUACUUUGCCAAACCCGUUGCCCCGCCUAAGCCGGGUGCCUUUCGGCGCCCCGUCUUCACAUGCCUAGCAGCAUAUGCUUGUUGGCAGAUCUUCGCGACCGUCGUCUUCGAUCCGCUACUCGACUGGGCAGAUCACGAGUGGGAGGCGUUGUCGGAGAAGGAAAAGAGGGAGAUGGAGGAUAUGGCAGACGAGGAUGAGCCCAUCCUGUUCCUGCCGUUCCCAUUCACCACGAAGGAGGUCAGACAGCCGCCAUAUAAAGGCUCCGACCCCGAAUGGGCAACAUUUAUUGCUGUGAACAAAGAUCCGCAGUUACAAAAGGACAUCAAAAGACAAACCCAUGGAAAGCUCAUAACUCACCAGUCGCCUUCGCAUGCAGUGGGACUUGCGGAGUUGAUACGCCGAGGCGUCGAACGGAACCCUGCAUAUGUUCAGUUACUCGGUGGUCGGGAAAUCAAACUCAAGAAGCUGUGGCUGGAUAUCAUAUAUCCACCUGCGCCACCCCCCAAGCAUUAUGUUUCUGGAAUCAUCAUUGAUGAUGAUGGCAUCUUCUGGGGCGACCGGCCAAUUGACUCGCUGGCCGCGAGCCACCUCAACACAGCAAUCUAUCCGAAAGCAGUGGCUUUAUCCGUUUGGGCGUUCCUGAAGUCAUUGGCCGGACAGACGGCUCAAGAUGUUGCCAAGGCCCUAGGCUUCAACACACCGCCCCCACCCGAGGCCACAUGGCAGGCUGCCAUCCUUAACCGUAUCAAAGAACAGGGGGAACUCGGCACCACUGGCAAGCAAACGGUCAAGGUCCCUGGGCAGCCGGACAAGUCCAGCUUUCCGGUCCACACCGGCAUCAGCGAGAUUCCUGGCACUCCCUUCAGUGGCGUCAGCCAGGUCGAUCCCCGAAUCCAGGCGGCUCUUCAGGCGGCUACUGUCACGUUUACGAAGAAUUGGCAGCCCGCGAAGCAGCCACCCAGCAGGGGCUGCAUCAGGGUCGAUGGACUCGUAGAGUUGCAGGGAAAGUCUGCAGUCAUGGCUGUAUACGUCCUGGGAUGGUACGACCCCAAACAACGAAAGUACAUGGGUGUCCAGACCGGUUUGAAGCACCUGAUACAACUGAAGCAAAGGCCAGCGGGUGGCGGCUAG